AGGCGUAUUACUGAAAAGUGCAUUCCACGUCAGGACGACGGACUUCUUCAACGCCCAGGUGAGAAAGAGACCUCCUGAGUCCUGGGUGAGAGCCUUCGGGGUUCUUUGGGACCAGAGGAAUCCUGAAACCAUGGAUCACCUAUAUAUGCUUUGAGACAUGCUUUAGAUGUUUUUUCUGGAAGCCCUGCAACUGCCCUAAAAAUUGAAUGUAUCAUUGAAAAGACCUAUGGUGGAGUAAAAUUCUAUAUGCCAAAGCUUCCCAACUUUUUUCACAGCACGCAUGGAAUAUGGCCAAUGGUGGCAGAGUCUACAUAGAACUAUGCUUCGUGGUGUUCUGGGAAAAACCUUUCGGCUUGUUGGCUAUACUAUUCAGUAUGGCUGUAUAGCUCAUUGUGCUUUUGAAUACGUUGGUGGUGUUGUCAUGUGUUCUGGACCAUCAAUGGAGCCUACAAUUCAAAAUUCAGAUAUUGUUUUUGCAGAAAAUCUUAGUCGACAUUUUUAUGGUAUCCAAAGAGGUGAUAUUGUGAUUGCAAAAAGCCCAAGUGAUCCAAAAUCAAAUAUUUGUAAAAGAGUAAUUGGUUUGGAAGGAGACAAAAUUCUCAGCAAUAGUCCAACAGGUUUCUUUAAAAGCCAUAGUUAUGUGCCAAUGGGUCAUGUGUGGUUAGAAGGUGAUAAUCUACAGAAUUCUACAGAUUCCAGGUACUAUGGACCUGUUCCAUAUGGACUAAUAAGAGGACGUAUCUUCUUUAAGAUUUGGCCUCUGAAUGAUUUUGGAUUUCUACGUGACAGCCCUAAUGGCCACAGAUUUUCUGAUGAUUAGCAAGCAUUUAUUCUUUUGAUUUGAUUAUUGUCUUCUGUUAAAGUGAAUUUAUUAUUGUCACUGAAACCAUGUUACUUACUAAUAAACUAUUUGCUAUUCA